AAAUCUAUUUCGUUUCUCCUUCUUGGCCUUGCCUUUCACUGUUCCUCGUCAAUGGCCGCACCUUUCUUCUGCUCCAAGAUUCAACCUUGGCAGCAGUAGACUAGCGUGGGGAUCGUUUUCAAGAACACUUCUCAUGUUUAUUUAUAUACUUGAGAUCUCUCAUGCUCGAUUACACUGCUCCGAACAACGAAAACACGAACAUGGCUAAGUUAAAGAUCAUAGUCUCCGCGACUAGCUUGUUCUGCACGAGGAUUGAGUGGGCUCUAAAGCUGAAGGGCCUCGAGUACGAGCUCACUUUCGAAGACUGGAGCAAGGGGAAGAGCGAAUUGCUUUUGAAGUCGAACCCGGCACACAAGAAGGUCCCGGUGCUCUUGGACGAUGGGAUCGUGAUCGCAGAGUCGAAAGUGAUUCUGGAGUACAUUGAUGAGAAGUGGAAGGGAGGCGAUCUUUAUCCGUUGUUGCCUCAAGACCCUUGCGAGAGAGCUCAAGCUCGUUUCUGGGCUCAGUUUGCUGAUGACAAGUGUGUCUUCGGCACUUGGGGAGCCUGCUGUGCCGAUGAUGCCCUGGAAAAGGAGAAAGCAGUGGAGACCGCAUUAGAGUCUUUCACUUAUCUGGAGAAGCAGAUUGAGGGGAAGAAGUUCUUCGCGGGAGACAAGAUAGGCUAUUUGGAUCUCGUGGCCGGUUGGAUCCCGCAUUGGCUCGGCGUCAUGGAAGAAACUGGAGGCAUUAAGAUACUCGAUCCUGAGAGGUUCCCAUCCCUUCAUGAAUGGGCACAAAACUUCAUCGAUAUUCCGCUGAUUAAGGAAUGCUAUCCACCUAGAGACAUGCUGGUUAACUAUUCGACUGUUCUCCUGAGCUACCUGCGUUCCUCGACACCGAACAAGCCAUAAAAUACGCCCUGACCAAUGUGUUGCUCUUUUUGUUCUGCCCUGUUUUCCUCUCUUAUACUUAUAACCAUGUGAUACGGCGCAAUAACAUACUUAUAAUCAGCUUUCUCUUGGGAGAUUAUAAGUGAUUUCGAUAUUAUUCCUGGGAUCACCA